AUGCGGGGUCGCCCCGACUCGAUUGGUGCCGCCCGAGUGUCAAUGGGAGUGUUGGGUAGCCAACCAAGCGAAGCCGCAGCGGAAGGCGCUGACGCAGUACGCUUCGCAAGUUUAAGCGCGGCGUGCCGCGCACGCGUUUUCAUGUCGUUUGACGGUGAUUCCCCUUCUUGCUCGUCGACAUGCCCGUCGGGACGGUAUGGCGUGGGCCAACCGGGCCCGGAGCCCGUCUCGGCCUCGAUGCCGAGCCAAAUGAUGGGCCUGAUCGACGAAGGCGAACCGUCGUUCAAUCUGCGUUUGAUCGAGGCCGUCAAGCACAAUCGAUGCCUCUUUGAUGCGACCGAUCGCCAGUACAGAAGCACCGAGUACAAGACCAAAGUAUGGAAUCGGCUGGUGACGUAUCUAGCCUUCGACGGCGACUCUCGAACGCUGUAUAACCGAUGGAAGCAGCUGAGAGACAAAUAUGGAAAGGAAAAGAAGAAGCACAAAGGAGGCACGAACUCGACCUGGCAAUAUUAUAAGCACCUCGUGUUCCUUGACCCGCAUAUGAGCGAUCGGCCGCACACGAAAAAUGUGAUCGUCACGAAGGAAGGGCGGCAAAUUAUCGAUAUGAACUUCUACGUCACCGACCCCCACUUUAAUGCCGGCUUAAUCGAAGAGGUGAAACGACACACGUGUCUUUUUGAUAUCCGUGAUCCCAAAUAUCGUCACACGGAAUAUCGAAAUAUGGCCUGGAAUUCCAUUAUUUCGGCCCUAAAUUUCCCAAUUGGUGACAUCACAAUGAUCUACAAGCAAUGGAAGAAGCUGCGCGACCGUUACGUGCGCGAGAAGAAGCGGCUGCGCAUGUUGCCACAGGGCCAACACGAAGACAGUACCUGGGAUCUGUACGGCGCGAUGACCUGGAUGGACCCGUAUCUCGAUGAACGUUCUGCAUCCGGCAAAAAGAGAAAAAUGGAUAAUAUGGAUAUGUCCGAUGAGGAUAUCUGGGAAGAUGGUGCUUAUAUGAUGCUCGACAAGCGGGCGAGCAACGGCGACGUCUUAUUGGAUGGGGACAGUGCAUUCGCCGCCAGCACUGUGAGCGAUCUGAGAUCCCUCAGCGAAGACGCCCGGCUCCUGGCCAAGGCCCAAAUCGAGGCGCUGUUCGAACCGAAACCCUCCAGCCAACAACAGCAUAUCUCCUACGACCUACAA